AUGGUUGGUCAACAAGGCACUAAAAUUCAGGAUGAAACACCAAUGAAUACUGUGAUUCGUGACUAUCAAAAUCGACAACCUAGUCACGUUACUUUACAUGAAAGCAGCAUCAACAUGCUAUGCGUUCAAUUGGAUUGCGAUCAACAAAACGCUAAUGGCUUACGUCAUUCUGGCUGUAAUAUUACUUACAGAAUAGAUGUGAGGAUUGAUCUUAAUGACGAUGGAAAAUUCGAUGAGUCGGAGAGUCGCGCUCAUCAUCGGUCAUCAAGCUCUGGCCGAGGACCACAAGAUACAUAUGAACUAGAAAUAUGGAUACCUCCAUUCGAUGGUAAAAAUAUACGAACUGGACAACAUCGGAUGCGUCUCACUUUAAUGCCAAAUGAAGAUUAUCAAAAAAUAUGUGGCAACAUGGAUUAUAUUGAGACACGAGAGUAUACAGUCAAUAUCAUUCCAAAAGCACCCUGUGAAGUUUCGUCAAUUGAAGCUGAUGAAAAGUAA